GGUCACGUGGCUACGGCAGCGGCGAGUUGGUGGUAGUGAGUUGGUGGUGGUGAGUACGGACGAGUGAAGGAGCGAUGGUGAGAAGGAUGUACGGAGGAGUGGAGGGCGGUGGGACGCACUCCAAGGCUGUCAUCGUUGCAGAAGACGGAAAAGUUUUGGCAGAGACAGAUGGACCAUCCACAAAUCACUGGCUCGUCGGUGUGGAUCAGUGCUUGGAGGCCAUCAACACAAUGCUUACAGAGGCCAAGGUGAAAGCUGGGAUGGGGCCCAGUGACCGACUGCAUGCUGUGGGUCUGUCGCUGAGUGGUGGCGAGCAACCGGAAGCGAAAGAGAAGAUGUUGUUGGAAAUAAAGGCGAGGUUUCCGGCACUGAGUGAGAGCUUCAUCAUCAGCACGGACACCCAGGGGGCGAUCGCCACAGCCUCUGACAACGGAGGGGUGGUGCUGAUCUCUGGAACGGGCUCCAACUGCACGCUGCUCAACCCGGACGGCUCCUCCCAUAACUGCGGCGGCUGGGGUCACAUGAUGGGCGAUGAGGGCUCUGCGUACUGGAUCUCACAUCUGGCUAUCAAGUCUGUGUUUGAUGCCAUGGACGGGCUGGUCGAAAUGCCUCACGACAUCGAGUUCGUCAAGAAGGCAAUGUGCGAGUAUUUUGAAGUCGAAGGCCGCAUGGGCCUCCUCACCCACCUCUACCGAAGCUUCGACAAGUCCAAGUUCGCUGGGUUUUGCAAAAAGCUCUCCGAAGGAGCCCAGGAGGGAGACCCCUUGUGUCGGCACGUGUUCCACCAGGCAGGAAGAUUGCUGGCUCAGCACAUCAUUGCUGUUCUGCCCAAGGCAUCCGAGACUCUACUCACAGGUGACCUGGGUCUGCCUGUCGUGUGUGUGGGCUCCGUGUGGAAAAGCUGGGACUUGAUGAAGGAAGGUUUCCUGUCGGUCCUGGAGGAAGCGCAGUCCUCCGCUGUCGGCCGACGCCUCAGCCGCAUCUCACUGCUCACCCUGAUGCGAUCGUCAGCCGUGGGAGGUGCACGCCUGGGAGCCCAGCACGCUGGCACAAGCCUCCCUCUCGACUGCGCCACCAACACCAGUGUCUUUUUCACACACACUUUCCAAGGCAGCAGGACCAGCGACCAGUAACAGGCAAAGGGGGCGACUGUGCCCAAUCUUCCACUGUCCACCUCACUCAGCCACUCCCCCUUGAGGUUUAGUUAAAAGCAAUUGCACCAUUGAGACACUACUCAGACACAUUUAGGUGAUGUCUUGGGAUUUGGUCACAGGGCUGGGAAUCCAAGAGCAGAGUAUAGAGCAGCAUUAUUUUGUACAGUGUCACUUGCACCAAUAUCUUGCAGCGUCUUAAGGAUGUUUUGUAAAAUGAAGCACAAUUGAAACUUUAAUUGAAGAAAAUAAAAGCAAUUUUCAUAGCUUGUAA